AGGCUGGCGACUGGCGUCCGACCUCAUUGCUGGCGUCCUCGAUCUGGGCACCAUGUUCCUUGCGGGGUCCCCCAGCCACACCCUCCGCCGGCUCCCCGUGCUGAGCUUGCUGCUGCUUCUACAGACCUUGGAGAGGGGGCUGGGCCGUGCCAGCCCCGCCGGAGCCCCCUUGGAAGAUGUGGUCAUCGAGAGAUACCAUAUCCCCAGGGCCUGUCCCCGAGAGGUGCAGAUGGGGGAUUUCGUGCGUUACCACUACAAUGGCACUUUCGAAGAUGGGAAGAAGUUUGACUCUAGUUAUGACCGCAACACCCUGGUGGCCAUCGUUGUGGGUGUAGGCCGCCUCAUCACUGGCAUGGACAGAGGUCUCAUGGGCAUGUGUGUCAACGAGCGCCGCCGCCUCGUUGUGCCUCCCCACCUGGGCUACGGCAGCAUUGGUGUGGCGGGCCUCAUUCCCCCUGACGCCACCCUCUAUUUUGACGUGGUCCUGCUGGAUGUGUGGAACAAGGCGGACACGGUGCAAGUGACCAUCCUCCUGCGGCCCCCUCAGUGCCCCCGAAUGGUGCAGAACAGCGACUUUGUGCGCUACCACUACAACGGCACCCUGCUCGAUGGCACCGCCUUUGACAACAGCUACAGUCGGGGAGGCACGUACGACACCUACAUCGGCUCGGGUUGGCUGAUAAAAGGCAUGGACCAAGGACUGCUGGGCAUGUGUCCUGGAGAGAAAAGAAAGAUCAUUAUUCCUCCCUUCCUGGCUUACGGGGAGAAAGGCUACGGGACUGUGAUACCCCCGCAGGCCUCCCUGGUCUUCAAUGUCCUGCUGAUUGAUGUCCACAACCCAAAGGACACAGUCCAGCUGGAGACGCUGGAGCUGCCCCAGGGCUGUGUCCGGCGAGCGGUGGCAGGGGACUUCAUGCGUUACCACUACAAUGGCUCUUUAAUGGAUGGUACCCUCUUUGAUUCCAGCUACUCCCGCAACCACACCUACAAUACCUAUGUUGGGCAGGGUUACAUCAUCCCUGGGAUGGACCAGGGGCUGCAGGGCGCAUGCAUAGGGGAGCGAAGGAGGAUUACCGUGCCCCCUCACCUUGCCUACGGGGAGAAUGGGACAGGAGACAAGAUCCCUGGCUCAGCCGUGCUCAUCUUUGACGUGCAUGUCAUCGACUUCCACAACCCUGCGGAUCCGGUGGAAAUCAAGACACUCUUCCGGCCACCUGAGGGCUGCAAUGAGACAUCCAACACUGGGGACUUCAUUCGCUACCAUUACAACUGUUCUCUUCUGGAUGGCACCAGGCUCUUCUCUUCCUACGACUAUGAAGCCCCUCAAGAGGCCACCCUUGGCAAUAACAAAGUGAUUGAAGGUCUGGACAGGGGCCUGCAGGGCAUGUGUGUGGGAGAGAGGAGGCAGCUCAUUGUGCCCCCACACCUGGCCCACGGGGAGAGUGGAGCCCGGGGUGUCCCUGGCAGUGCUGUCCUGCUAUUUGAGGUGGAGCUGUUAUCACGAGAGGAUGGCCUGCCCACAGGUUACCUGUUUGUGUGGCAUCAGGAUCCUCCUGCCAGCCUGUUUGAAGACAUGGAUCUCAAUAAAGAUGGAGAGGUGCUCGCAGAAGAGUUCUCCUCCUUCAUCAACGCUCAAGUGAAUGAAGGCAAAGGACGCCUCAUGCCCGGGCAAGACCCUGACAAGACCAUAAGAGACAUGUUUCAGAACCAGGACCGAAACCAGGAUGGCAAGAUCACAGCCGAGGAGCUCAAGCUGAAGUCCGACGAGGACCAGGAACGGAUCCAUGAGGAGCUCUGAGGGCCAGAGUCUCAGUCCUGACCUCAGACGCAAAGGUCCUUCACUGGGGGACAGUGGCCAUGGAACUGGCCUGCCAACAGCCCCCCUCCCUCAGUGGGGAUAACUCUGUGUGAGUCACUGGAUGUCACCAGAGACUGCUGUGACCUUCCCACUGGCUGCAGCUCCCAGUCCACAGCACAGACCUCUGCAUUUUUCUCUUCCCACCCUAUGCCUCUUCCUUAAGGUUCUUCGCGUGAUAAAUCCAGUUUGGGCAGGGGGCACUGGCGUGUGGUUAGGACCAUUGCUGACUCUACACACCCAUACCUCCCAUCCACAUCACUACACUCAGCAAGGCUGAGCUCCUCGGUCCCUCCCUUUCCAAAUGUGCCCUUUAUUUGUACUGCCCUGCGCCAUCUCCCUGUCCAUGUCUGUCCCCUCUCCCUGUGUCAUGGCAGCUCCCCAGGGGCAUGAGUGAGGAGACCCUCCAUUCUCCUGCAUUAGCUCUGCCUGCUCCUCAGGAAGGGCUGGCUCCGGGCACACAGUCCUGCCACUGGGGUCAGGCCUUCUGACCUUCUCUCUCAGAGAGAGCUUUCUCUGAAGGGAAAGGCUGUGUGAGAGGAAGCCUUCUUGGGUGCUACUUUGAUGGGAGGUAUGCAGAGUUCUGACCUCUCGAAGGCUAAACUGAUCCGAUCCCUUUGUGUCAA